GUGAAAAUUACGUCUGUGAAACACGACGGAUCCGAACGCCUUUACUAAAAGGGUGUCCAUAAACCCGAGGCACUGAUGUCCCCGGGAGAAUGCCCGCACUCUAUGCAUAUGCAUCUAUAAAUAUAUUAGCGGAUAUAUAUAUAUAUGUGUAUCUAGGUAUGGAAUUAAAUUAUCAACUCAAUUUUCAAUUACUGACUAAACAUGAUAAAAGAUGACUUCUACAUACCCAGCCACCGGUCUUUUCAGCAUAAUAUAGACUAUAUGACGGGGCAAAUUGAGAUUGAUCAACUUCAUCGGUGCUGGAAAGAUAAUAAGAAUUCCAAUGACGAUAUUUCACUAAUCAUUCCAAGUACUAUAAGUAAACGAUUAGAGAAUAUUUGCUGGAGAAGAAUGUAUAAGAGCAUCCGAAAUUUACCGUCGGUCGAUCCGUUACUAAUAAAUUGGCAUAAAGAAGAAGAUAUAACUUGGUUAUAUGGACCAAAUUAUUCUUUCAAUCAAAUUUCAAAUGAUGAAAUUGAUGAUGAUGAAUAUUCAAGUGACGAAAGUAACUUGAGUUUAGAUGAUGAACCUUAUAGUUCUCUAGAUGACGAUUUACCCAGCUCACUCAAGAUCUUACCUAAACAAACCACCCCACCUAAAAUUACAUCAAAAAAAAUAUCAAAAUUACUAAAAUUACCUAA